ACUCGCCUAUUGUGAACGAGAUGUGGUUUCUUCAGUGUAUUUUACCGGCCCUGAAACUCUACUUAAUUGGGGCGAAAGCUAUUCUUUACCAGCUCUUCAAUAAUCCCUUGGCCUUGCCAGUUUUGCCCCCACAAAAUGGAAAGGUGGCGAUAGUGACUGGGGGUGCGAGAGGAAUGGGAUAUGAGACGGUGAGGCAUCUGACGAGGCUCGGCAUGCACGUUAUCAUAGCCUCAAACCAUGACAAUGAGGGUUUGACUGCAGUGAAGAGGAUCUGUGAAGAAAGGCACGAUGCACAGGUUGAGUUUGAGCACCUUGACCUUGCGUCCCUGAGCUCUGUCCGGCAGUUUGUCAAGAGGUUUAAGCACAGAGGACUUCCCCUGCAUGUCCUCGUCAACAAUGCAGCUGUUAUGCUGGUGCCUGAAACGAAAACAGCAGAGGGCUUCGAGCAACAUUUUGGCAUCAAUUACUUGGGCCACUUCCUGUUGACCAGCCUCCUCCUGGACACCCUGAAGCAGUCUGGGCAGCAUGACUCCUGCUCGCGCGUCGUCACCAUCUCCUCCUCCGCACACCACAUGGGCCAGCUCCGCCUGACGGAGGCCGAGAGAAGGCACAGCUACAGUCCCCACGCCGCGUAUGCCCACAGCAAGCUGGCGCUUGUUCUUUUCACUUACCGCCUGCAGCAAGAGCUCACAGCAGGGGGAUUUCCAGUGACAGCCAACGCCGUGGACCCGGGGAUGGUGGACACAGCCUUGUACCGCCACUUGUGCAGCCCGGCGCAGCUCGCCAAGAAGCUGGUGGCAAGACUGCUAUUCUGGACUGCUGCCCAAGGAGCCUCCACGGCCAUCUUCGCCGCCGCCGCCGCCGAACUGGAGGGGGUAGGCGGGUGCUACCUGCACAACGGGCGACGGACCCGGUCCUCGGCGGCCUCCUACGACGACGCUCUCCAGGCCCAUCUGUGGACUCAGAGCUGCCGGCUGGCGGGCCUCCUGCCGGAAGCGUACCGAGCAGACUGACGCAGGGGUGGGCGUUGGGGUGGGGGGGACGCGGCCCCCUCCGGGAGCACUGCUGUCGAUGCUCCACCAAGGACAGGAGAGAGCGAGUCCCGUCCGGGGCCCGGGUUUUCCCUGCUGGACCGGCGCCCGAGGAGCGGACACGUCAACACCAACCCAGCUCACCAGCCCCAAAGCUCAAGACCUCCGAAAGGCCUCAUGCGGGCUGCCAGCGUUUUGCUUGUUUGGUUUUCAACGGGGGCGCGCAAUUCAGACCUUGAUAAAAUAGCUCAACAUUUUUUUUUUGUUGUUGUUGUGUUGACAAUCUCAUCCCUCCUCUUGCUGAUGAACAGUUAACAGGCUGUGACUUAGUGAGAGCAGGUGUCAUGCAUAACUGUAUGGAUGAAAGUCUCCUUCACAUUUAUAUUCACAGACGAAGGGCUGAGCGCGAGAAUGAGGAUUAAUGUGAGCCCUUGCCUUUUUUCCUGCUGCACUGUGAGCGGGCAUAUACUGCUGUAGCGGCCGUUUGAUCUUCCAGGAGAAAAAAAAAAGGAAUGGAAAACUAAAAAAAAAAGCACCUUGCCUCCACAGGUAUAAAGUCUGUGGUAGAUUGUCCUCAGAGCCUGAUUUCCUUUUGUCUUUUUUUCCCUCAGCUCUCCCGUGACAUGUCAUUGUGAUCUUAACCACUGUGAUGACUUCUGAUGUCGUUUUUUUUAUUUUCUCAUUGAGACCAACACGAUCAAGGUACAUCGGAACUGUGUAUCCCACAAAAUAAGGACAGUUUUGCCUCGUGUCUUGUGUGCGCACAAAAUUCAUGAAUAUUCCUUUCAAAACUCAAGACCCUUGUGAUGAUGAUGGCACAUAUUUGUUUGAUAAUGUUGCCGUUCCAAGGGACUGGUGCGAAGCGUGGGAGAAAUGAUCCCCAGCAGGCAUAAUGGAACGCCCCGCCUCACCCUUGCUUUGACUUUCACACAGGUGGUACGUUCCUAAUGAAAAACAUAAAUUCUUAAUCAGCUUGGCAAAUAUGUCUCAGCUAAUCAGACUUGCAGACAGAAGCGCUACUUGAAAUAACCUCCAAUUGUCCAUGUGUGUGUCAGCGUGUCCUUUUGUAGAAAGCCCUCAUGCACUAGAUCAAUAAAUAAUGUGGGCUUUCUUGAUAGCACAAACAAAGCUUAGCCGUACGUACGUCGUCAUGUUUUUUUUUUGGUGUUCUCCAAAAUCAGCGUUAUGAUUUAAUUCUCCGCUCUCCUCGUUUGGACACGAUCCCGAUGUGGGAUCAGGGUUAGAUUUCCCAGCGGUGCCAAUCAGGACGCAACUGCCAAAGCUCCAUCUGCGAAGGAAGCCCAAGAUGAAUGGGAUCAUCAGUGCUCAGUAGCAGGCUCAUUCAAAACAAAUGUUUAAUCAAACUUCCAGAAUCAUAUCAAUGAUGAUGACCACUACCUGUACUACUGUACACACACACACAGACAGACACACACACACACACACACACACACACACACUUUGAAUAAUUUAUCACUCAAAUCUGUUUAAAUUUCACCCAAAGAGGCCCACUCAGGAGGCCCUGUGCCGCUGCAGCACUGGGGUGGCGUGUAGGUAAUUGGCGGUGUGUAGUGGAGUCCCCGGGGUAAGUGGAGUAAUAACAAUGAGAUUGCGGCGCCCUGUUUGCAUCCCAGCAGCAUCUUCUCAUGAAAUUGAUGUUGCAGCUUAGCAUAUCAUUUAGCCUGUGAACUGAAUGUGAAAACCAGAAUGUCCCACACGGUCUUCUGCCCCCCCCCCUCUCUAUCUAGCUCUUUCUCGCUCUCUCUCUCUCUCUCUCUCUUUCUCUCUCUCUCUCUCUCUUUCUCUCUCUCUCUUAAAAACUCUGAGGAUCUGCUCAGAAUUCUGAAGAUCCCUAGUCAACAGAGGCAUGGGAGAAAUAUUGCGCAAUAUCUGGUUGAACGACUCUGGUUCUGUUGUUGUCGGGGUCUUGCUCUGCAUUUGAUACUUGGUAGCACCGAUUUCUGAACUACCAGGCUGGUUGUUAUUGUCUUUCUGGCUGAAUAUAGCUGUAGCUAAGGUUACCAGCAUUUCAUUAUCCUUUUUCCAACAGGCAGGAGAUCAAGUUCUAGGCUAAGCAUAUACGAGCAGACAAAAGAGAAACCAUAGAGCGAUCAGCCAUCACUUAAGAAUGGGGAAAUGAACCUCAAUGACCUUUGGUAGUUUGUCUGAACAACACGUAAUGAAGGUUGGACGUUUUUGUUCAUGUUUUAUUGUUAAAUUCCCACAAUGGACAAUGUAUGAUUCUGCUGUCACGUAUCACAGAAGCAUAUUUCAGAGUUAAUUCCAUUGCACAGUAAUGCUAAAAUGGUGAACAUUAUUUUUUACAGUCCCCAUAUGUGCUGUUUGGUGUCUUCAGAGUAGAGAAGUGUAGCAAUGUGGUAGUCUUGUGCAAGUUUUUGUAGUCUGUGUAUUAAUGUCUUUACCAGCUGAAUAUUCUCUAAUGAUAAACAUUUCUGUGCAGAUGAACAUUAAGACUCUUUCUUUACAUUAGAAAUUCCAGCAGGCAUGCAUUUCCUAUUUUCAGUUCUGUCUUAUACAUGGCCCACUUUUUGGUGGGUUUGGGCUACUAUGUUCUUCAGGUUAAGUUGAAUUAGCCACCAAGAAAACUCCAAAUAAAUGCAGCACUUUUUUGUGCCAGAAGCCCAUAUUGGACCUCUAGGGGGAGCAUUUAUAUUAAAUGUUUACAUCCCAAUAUGGUACCUAACAAUUGAAUGGGUUUGACGUGAUUAGAGGUGUUAUAUCACUAAAUAACACACACAUUGUUUUACUGUUGUGAAAACAUUGUAAUUGUUUUAAGUUUUUUAAAAAGCAUAUCUUUAGGUUUAUUUCAUUCUUUUAUAGUCAUAUUUUUCCUCCUGUGCCAAAAGCACCUUUGACAUGUACCAAGAGUAAUAUUUAACUGUGAACUGACAUUUUACUUUUCAAAAAGAGCAAGUAUCUAUGAAGAAGUAACUAUGUGGAGUGUACAUGGAGUUGUUGAGUGAGAUAUUACAGUUUGAAACAAAAAAUCUCCUGAUGUUUUCCCUCUUGAUAUGUAUUCCUCUUUUCUGUUUUAUAUUAGAAGAUAAUGAAUAAGAAAUUAUUUAAGUGUGUGCAAAUGUAUAUAUUUUAAGUGUGAUAGUCAAAUGGUCAUAAUAUUUUUUUGUUUCAGUUUGCUAUGUGUUGUUCUCAGUGAUGUAACUCAAGCUUUGAAAAAUGCUGUCUGCUGUCUUUAAGCAAUGUCCAACCAAAGCCCAUUGAGAUGAUUCAGAAGGACGUGAAAUGACCUUCUUUGCAACCUAUGAGAAAGUAAUAAGCUCACUGUAAUAAAUGUGCUGUGUUGGAAGUUCUUUGAACAUUUCUGUUCCAUUCUCAUAUCACUGUGAGCUAAACAAUAACAAAGCAAACAAGCAAGAACAUUAAAAAUG